CUCACCUCCAUCACAUCUAUUGUUGGGCAGACAAAAGACAAAUGUUUCUUAGGAUUUAAAGUCAACAGUUGAUGUCAGAGUUGUAGCCCAGGGGAGGAGGGCCGGUCCUUGCAUCCCAAGAAACUUCCUCCCGUGACUACAGAGCGAGCGAGAGACAGAAAGAGAGAGACAGAGCAAGGGAGGGAGAGAGAAGCAAGAGUAGAAGAGCUCUACAGAGAAAAGAACGCAAAAAAGAGAGAAAGAGAGAAGAUCGAAGAGCGAGACGAGAAAGAGUCCGCCCUCACCUGCCAGAAGAUGAUGUCCAAUAUGUCCGUCCAGCCCAUCGGAGCACAGCCAAUGUCCGUCUCGCAGUCGGUGAUGAUCAUGCAGCCGGAAGCAUGGGGUUCAGGGAUCUGCGACUGCUGCGAAGACAUGGGAGUGUGUUGCUGUGCUCUCUGGUGUCUGCCAUGCUUCCAGUGCAAAACGGUCAGCGACUUUGGAGAAUGCUUGUGCCUCCCUCUGCUGGAUCCAGGAUGUUGUGCCUAUUUUGGGAGCAGCCUGGUCUGUCCUCCCAUUUCUAUGGCUAUGAGAGCGGCUGUGAGAGAGAGAUACAGAAUCCCUGGCUCCAUCUGUGAUGACUGCUGCAUGCUCUACUGGUGCUUCAGUUGCACCUGGUGCCAAAUGGGUCGUGAAAUCAAGAAGCGCAGAAAGCCGGUCAACUUUGUGACAGCGCAGACGACCACCGUGAGCAUGGCGAUGAACGCUCAGCCUUACCCACAACCUCAGCCCUACCCGCAACCCUUCCCACAACCCCAACAGCAACCCUACCAGCCAUACCCACAACCGGCAUACUAGAAUCCUGCAUACAACCCACCACAGGUCACUUCAAGAGGUUACCAUAAGUGGCUGUAGAACACGAGCGCACAUCUAAUCACAAAACUUUGUGGCAAGAUUCGGUGGGCUUUCUGGGUGCCGAGUAACUCAACGCAAAUAUCGCUGAAGUGUAUUUGUAGCCAAAACUAUUUUUAUCUUAUUUUUCUAGUUCUAAGUAGAGAAGGUAAUAUGGAACAGUUUCCUCAAAUGGGGCUUUGGACAGCAAUAUAGUAAAGGCCAAACAAGUGUAGAAUAGAUAGCAAAUCGGGACAUUUAUU